AUGGUUAAACACGCCCCCCUGGGUUUCGCUGCCAUCGUCUUCCUCUCGGGCUCCAUCGUCCUCCUCCUGUUCGUCAUCCUCUCCGCCGUCCGAGACUCCUCGCCUUUGAACCAAACCUAUUUCCUUGAGGCCGAUACUUCGGGUAUUACCGGCGCCCGUGAGGGCCUCACGCGAUGGACCUACUUUUACUACUGCAAUGACCAGAACACUGAGUGCUGGGGCGCAUGGCCUGCCCCGGCUUUCGGUUGGGCCUGGGGCCGCGACGCCGCCAACGUCCCGUCCGGCCUCGUCGGCAGCCACGGCGGCGGCACCACCAGCACUCAGUUCUUCUACCUGUGGCGCUUCGGCUGGGUCACGUACCUGAUCGCCCUCUUCUUCAUGGCCAUGGCGUGGUUCGCCAGCUUCCUCGCCUGCUGCGGUCGUCUCGGCGCCGCCGUCGCCGGCCUGGUCGCCGCCUCGGCUCUCUUCUUCCUGACCAUCGCCGCCUCGCUGAUGACCGCUACCUUUGUCAAGGCCCGCAACGCGUUCCUGUCUGCCGGCCGCGAGGCCCACAUCGGCACAUACGCCUUCGGCUUUACCUGGGGCGCCUGGGCCGCUCUUCUCAUUGCGACGGUCCUCUUCUGCAUUGGUAUCCGCGGCGACAAGGGCUACAGCGGUGGCAGCCGCUUCAAGCGCAGCCGUAGCGUUCACAGCCGCAGGUCCCUCGACGUCAACGCCGGCCGCCGCGUCAAGGAGGAUUAUGCAUAA